AUGGUGGUCAAUCAAGACGUUUACGUUCUCCCCCGCAACCCCACGGAAGCAGAGCGGCUCCAGGCCCAACACGACCACUACCGACGCGCCUUCGGAGGCCUCCUAGUGCACCCCUCCAUCGACCUGCGCGAACAUCGCUCCAUUCUCGACUGCUGCACAGGAACCGGCGCAUGGCUCAAAGACGCGCGCCCCGCCGCGCAUCCGGAGGCUGUCCUCGACGCCUGCGAUAUCUCUCUGGAGCAAUACAACGAGAAUCACUCCAGCGUCGCCGACGAAGUGUUCGUCCAAAACAUUACAGAGCGCUUCCCGGAGGCGCGCCGCGGCAAGUACGACCUCGUUCACCAGAGGCUGCUGGUCGCCGGUAUCCGCCAGGACCAGUGGGUAUCUGCGAUAGCGAACGUAGCCGAAACCUUGAAACCCGGCGGCAAACUCAGCAUCACCGAGCUCAACAUGGAGCUCGUCCGGGGAAGUGGCGGUGCUGGGAACGCCGAGCACCUCGAGUGGAAGAACAACAUCACGCGCGCAUGGUGGAAGAAAGCUAGACUUGUUCAUUUCCGGACUGGUGGACGUCCAAGCGAUACGCCUGCGGGUCCCGUACGGCGCCGCAUGCUUGCUCCUCGGUAUGCCGGAGCACCAAGUCGACAGUAG